AUGGCACCUGCCGAGUUGAGGGAGCUGAAGGAACAGAUUCAGGAUUUGCUUGACAAGGGUAUUGUCAGGCCCAUAUUCAUUGAUGACAUAUUGAUCUACUCCCGGAGCCAGUUGGAGCAUGAGGGUCAUUUGAGGGCGGUGUUAGAGAAGUUGCAAGAACACAAGUUUUAUGCCAAAUUCUCGAAGUGUGAGUUCUGGUUAGAUACAGUGGCGUUUUUAGGUCACGUAGUUUCUAAGGAUGGUAUUCUAGUCGAUCCAAAGAAGAUUGAUGCAGUGCAGCAGUGGCCUAGACCUAUUACUCCUACUAAGAUCAGGAGUUUCCUGGGCUUAUCCGGUUAUUACAGACGCUUCGUGGCAGGAUUUUCAGUAAUAGCUGCACCGUUGACCAGAUUGACGCAGAAGAAUGUCCAGUUCAAGUGGACAGAGGAGUGUGAGUUGAGCUUUCGAAAGCUCAAGACAGCUUUGACUUCGGCUCCAGUAUUGACUUUGCCUACUGGGGAGGGAGGCUAUUCAGUGUAUUGUGAUGCCUUGAGAGUGGAUUUAGGUUGUGUUCUGAUGCAGAGAGGCAAGGUGAUUGCAUAUGCCUCUAGACAGCUUAAGAAUCACGAGAAGAACUACCCGACUUAUGAUUUCGAGCUAGCAGCAGUGGUCAAAGCUCAUCAGUUCGAGGAUCGCCGGUUGCUUAAGCUCAAAGAGCAAGUGGACAAGGAUAGACUAAGAGAGCGACUAUUGACUCCGAUGGUUAAGUAUAAGCAUCAGAAACAUGGAGGGUUAGCUCAGGAUCUGGUUAUUCCCUAG